UCUUUAAGACCACUUCAAUUUAGCCUAUUUUUUCUGUGUUCACGCCCUGUUUGAGGGCGGGUGAUUUUCUAGUUGACGUCUGUGAAAUGAAAUCAGCUUGUUGCUAUUUGUCUCACACAGAAUAAAAGUUUGCGUGGAGUGAUACUGAGUACGGACUAAAUCCACUUGGGUUUACAGUGAAAAUAUACCCUUUACAUUUUUCUAUACACUAAGGACUAUCUUGUGGCAGGUCUUGGCAGAUCGCCGCCGUAUGGACGAUGAGGAGGAUGAUGUGUUUGAGCCAGACUCCCACUGCUGGCGCACAGCCUUCAGGGAGAUAAAGUACGAGGACAGGGGAACCCAGACACCCAGCCCUGUCCUGCCACUGCCCAAUAAUAUGCUGCCCUGCGGGGUGGCCCAGGAGCCCAGAACACUCUUCUACGGCAACGCAGGCUUUCGAUUGCACUUCCCAGCGCAGUUUGAGCGUGUUGGAGACCAGGGGCCUCUGGGAGAGCGAGGGGGGAUGGAGCGGCUCGAUCAGCAGCCCCAGCAGCCAGCACGCAGCAUAGAGGUCUGCAUUGGACAGAAACUCCAACUCAUCGGAGACCAGUUCCACCAAGAACACCUUCAAGUGUAUCACCGAAACCAAAGGAACAUGAGGCCCUUGUGGAGGCGCCUGGCCUCGGCUCUGCUCACCCUGCUGUUUGAGCAGGAGGCCAUCGCUGGAGGGGGGAGAGCAGGGUGGAGGUGAUGGAGAGGACCAGCCCAGCACAGACUACCCCUCUCACACAGGAACUGGACUCCUAAUGGCACUGUCAAAUCUAACACGGGUCUGUUGGGGAAAAAUAACAAAAGAGAAAAGGUCCCCGCGGGACGGAGACAACCAUUUUUUACGAGGUCGUUUUUUUCCAAGAAGAUGCCAUGUUGUUUCACGAGAUUCCUCUACUGGACAAUGUCCUUAUUUUGGUAAUUGUUUGAUGUAGUAUUUUGUACAGUACAUUAUUCCUGUUGAAUUUGUUUGCACUUCCGUAUGUGUACAUCUUGAAUGGCCUCCAUGGUCCCGGGAACGCCUUGUCAAUGUCUUCUACCACAACCCAAUGACUGUUGACGAGAACCAAGCAGAAGAAAGAAAGAUAUGGAGGGAUCUGAAGAAGGGAAAAAAGAGUGGUUCAUGGGGUUUUCUUUUCUGAAGUUUCCAGGAAAUAAUUGGUCAAACUUGAUAACUUACUAAUUUCCAAAGAUGCAGUCUCUCAGAACAAAGCAUUUUUCACCUCAACUUUCUCCUCAAUGGGGUUGUGUAUACUAUUAUAUUACAUGUUGAUUAUUCUUUGCUCUUCCAGUCACUUUUAUUGUUUUGAUUUCAAUAAUUGUUGUUUUUCCCAUUGUCACCAAAAAUAAUGAAACAUCCAGUGGCUUCCGAUGUGGUAAAUGCCACUUUGUGGUGUGAUACUCCUUAGGACCCCCCCACCCCCCUUCAACAGCACACCCAACCCAAAACAUCUACCGCAGCCAUGAUACAUCAUACAACCUCCAAAGCAAAAGUGGAUCCCACGAGUUACUCAGAGAGAACACCAGAUUUUCAAUCAUAGUUUAUUUCAGAGUUAUCUUUUACUAAUUUCAUAAAUCCCCAAACUGGACCCCAGUCAUUGUAAGAGAGAGUGUGCUGAUCAUUUUUGUGUCUUAAGACUACCAGGCCCUUCAAGUGGAGCUAUGUAUCCACACUGUUUGCACUAUAGUACAUCAGUCAGGAGUAGAUUAGGUUACAAAGCCAACCUCUGUCAUUUAAUGAAGGUUUUUAACUGUAUCUGAUUUGUAAUGGUAACAUUACAAUGUUUUCAAUCACAUGACCAAGUUAUAUCAUCCCAGGAUGUGACUGAAAAUGACAUGUUAUUAUUAUAAUAAAACAUCUGAGGUACAAGUGAUGCUGGUUAAAUGAAUGCCUCAUUGAAAUUCCAAUGUUUUUUAGCCCUCCAAUCGAUGUGCUCUCUAACCCACUGUCAGAGAUGUAUUCUGGACACCAAAACAAACAUGUGAAACAACAACAUCUUCCCUCCUCUCAGGAUUCUUGCAUGGGCUUUUAUAUAUAUAUUUUAACCUGUGGAGUGAUCUUGUAUUAGUUAUUUGUCCUCAGAUCCUGUGGUGUAACUUUUUAAUAGAAAUCACCACUGCUAAUCCAAUUGACAAGAGAACGUGUCUGAGAUUAGAAAUUAACUGGUAGUAUGCAAGACUGUAAUUACUAUUGAAAUAUUAAUAUUUUUGAAGACACUGAUGUAUUCUUGAAGAUGCUGUUUGUUGUACAUUGUAUUGCCUUUUUACUUCACUUUUUGUCCAUUUUGAAGUAGCAGUAUAUAUCAUGAGGCUGUAAUUUUAUACACAACUCCUGUUAAUACGGUUAUGUUUGGUCCUACAGUACUUUACUUUUUGUCCAUUUUGAAGGAGAAGUAUACAUUAUGAGGCUGUAAUUUCAGACACACCUCUUGGUAAUUUGGUCCUACAGUCAUCUUCUGUGUCAUCUCCUGUCUGUAUAAUCAGUGCUCUCUUUCAACCCUUAAUUUAGAAUGCUGGAGAAACAGGUAACUGCCAAAAUCAAGGAAACACCCAUAUAAAGUGUCUUCAUAGGUGGCGUUGGGCCACCAUGAGCCAGAACAGCUUCAAUGCACCUUGGCAUAGAUUCUACAAUGAUGGUGGUGGAAAACGCUGUCUCAGGCGCCGCUCCAGAAUCUCCCAUAAGUGUUCGAUUGGGUUGAGAUCUGGUGACAGUGAUGACCAUUUCAUAUGGUUUACAGCGUUUUCAUGCUCAUCAAACCAUUCAGUGACCACUCGUGUCCUGUGGAUGGGGACGUUGUCAUCCUAUGGGGGCAUAGCCAUGGUAGCCAAAAUAAUGGCCUGCCCAACAUUUUUAAACAUGACCCUUAGCAUGAUGGAAUGUUAAUUCUUUUAUUAACUCAGGAACCACAUCUGUGUGGAAAUACCUGCUUUAAAUAUACUUUGCAUCCCUCAUUUACUCAAGUGUUUCCAUUAUUAUGUCAGUUACCUGUAUGUUUCAGGGCCAGGGAAAAUACAAAUAACAGUUUCCCAUGUAGAGUAGAACGACAAAGGAAUGUAGUGGUUCGGUCCCAUUCUGUUGUCUGCAUCAGUUGAAAUAUAUUAGAUACAUAACCAUAGAUAUAAAGGUAUACUUUAGACAGACUGGUCAGAUGAUGACGCUUGCUCUGUCUCUGUUGAGGCAGGGACUAAUAUAGAACCAUGUGGGGCAGUGAGAGAUGAGCUGAACAUCGCUGUUGAUGUUGUUUGUUGUUGUUGUUUCCUGCAGAUCCUGAAUGCUGAGCCAGUCACCGUAGCUUCCUGUCUCACUGUAGCCCUUAAACCACCCCUAAACCCGCUUCUCUCGCUCUACUGUAGCCUACAUCUAUGUGUACUGCUCAUCCAUUUCCUUCAGGACUUUUAGCGUUGCUUUCCAUUUUUUAUUUUUUUUGGUUUAUUCGCCCUUUUCUACUGUAUAUAUUUUGUGUGCAAUUUCUCUUCCUUUUGUUUUUUUUUUAAAUGUGUAUAUAAGUCAUUUGUUAUACUGUAUAGAACGAUGGUUAUCUGCACUGUGUCUGUUUUUCCCUGAGGGUAGUCAUCUCCAGAAAUGGGCCCAAUCGGUUAAGGCAUUCAUCUGAAUCAGCCAUGUCACGUUAUCCAUUCAGCAGAUAGCAGUAGAAUCUGAGUGUUCGUUCUGGAAAGAUCACAGAUCAGUUUAGCUACAGUUGAAGUCGUAGGUUUACAUACACUUAGGUUGGAGUCAUUGAAACUCGUUUUUCAACCACUCCACACAUGUCUUGUUAACAAACUAUAGUUUUGGCAAGUCGGUUAGGACAUCUACUUUGUGCAUGACACAAGUAAUUUUUCCAACAAUUGUUUACAGACAGAUUAUUUCACUUAUAAUUUACUGUAUCACAAUUCUAGUGGGUCAGAAGUUUACAUACACAAAGUUGACUGUGGCUUUAAACAGCUUGGAAAAUUCCAGAAAAUGAUGUCAUGGCUUUAGAAGCUUCUGAUAGGCUAAUUGACAUAAUUUGAGUCAAUUGGAGGUGUACCUGUGGAUGUAUUUCAAGUCCGACCUUCAAACUCAGUGCCUCUUUGCUUGACAUCAUGGGAAAAUCUAAAGAAAUCAGCCAAGACCUCAGAAAAAUAUUGUAGACCUCCACAAGUCUGGUUCAUCCUUGGGAGCAAUUUCCAAACACCUGAAGGUACCACGUUCAUCUGUACAAACAAUAUUAUGCAAGUAUAAACACCAUGGGACCACACACCAGUCAUACCACUCAGGAAGGAGACGCGUUCUGUCUCCUAGAGAUGAAUGUACUUUGGUGCGAAAAGUGCAAAUCAAUCCCAGAACAACAGCAAAGGACCUUGUGAAGAUGCUGGAGGAAAAGGGUACAAAAGUAUCUAUAUCCACAGUAAAACGAGUCCUAUAUCGACAUAACCUGAAAGGCCGCUCAGCAAGGAAGAAGCCACUGCUCCAAAACCGCCAUAAAAAGAGCCAGACUACGGUUUGCAACUGCACAUGAGUACAAAGAUCGCACUUUUUGGAGAAAUGUCCUCUGGUCUGAUGAAACAAAAAUAGAACUGUUUGGCCAUGAUGACCAUCGUUAUGUUUUGAGGAAAAAGGGGGAGGCUUGCAAGCAGAAGAACACCAUCCCAACUGUGAUGCACAGGGGAGGCAGCAUCAUGUUGUGGGGGUGCUUUGCUGCAGGAGGGAUUGGUGCACUUCACAAAAUAGAUGGCGUCAUGAAGGAGGAAAAUGAUGUGGAUAUAUUGAAGCAACAUCUCAAGACAUCAGUCAGGAAGUUAAAGCUUGUUUGCAAAUGGGUCUUCCAAAUGGACAAUGACCCCAAUCCUACUUCCAAAGUUGUGGCAAAAUGGCUUAAGGACAACAAAGUCAAGGUAUUGGAGUGGCCAUUACAAAGCCCUGACCUCAAUCUUAUAGAAAAUUUGUUGGCAGAACUGAAAAAGCGUGUGCGAGCAAGGAAGCCUACAAACCUGACUCGCUGCACCUUGGUCCUCUUUUUCCAACAGCCGUGACACAAAAUUCACCCAACUUAUUGUGGAAUGCUUGUGGAAGGCUACCCGAAACGUUUGACCCAAGUUAAACAAUUUAAAGGCAAUGCUACCAAAUACUAAUUGAGUGUAUGUAAACUUCUGACCCACUGGGAAUGUGAUGAAAGAAAUAAAAUCUGAAAUACAUCAUUCUCCCUACUAUUAUUCUGACAUUUCACAUUUUUUAAAUAAAGUGGUGAUCCUAACUGACCUACGACAGGGAAUUUUUACUCUGAUUAAAUGUCAGGAAUUGUGAAAAACUGAGUUUAAAUGUGUUUGGCUAAGGUGUAUGUAAAUUUCCGACUUCAACUGUUCAUAACUACAGUAUGACCAUUUUCUGGUCAAUGGUUUGGAGCUGGAUCAGUACCCUGCAGAUAAUUUGCCAAAAUGUUUUUUGUCACUGGGCAUUGGUUAUGGGUUCAAUCCUUUUUGUCUACUUUAGCAUUCUUCUGUAAUCAACAUGCACUGGAAAGUACUUUGUGUCUGUAGAUCUGAUGCGUCCCUGAGCAGUCCCUGUGAUAUUGUACAGUGUACUCUGGUUCGUUCUUUCAAAUCUGUCGUGUGCUGAACUAGCUGUAUUUCUGUAGUAUAGCAGAUCAUUGACGAUGCGAUAACCUGCAUAGAACAGUCUUUGAUUUCUUUGAAAGAGAAACAAGCCACCAUGGUGCCCAGAAAUUAUUUUUCAGAGGGGGUUCUGAAGCUGUGUACUGGAGAUAGACAUAUACUUGCCAUAUCUCAGCACUGUGCAAAGCUACAGGAACUCUAUACAUUGAGUUUUGUAUAUUAUGGAAAAACCGUCAGUGUCUUGAUUUUUUGUUGUCCACUUUGUUUAAAUGUCCUUUUUUAUGAGACCAUUUCUUACUCAUUGUCUUUCCUAACUUUUUAAAUGUCUUUUCAUAUGAAAGGGUCAGCUUUUAUAGGGACAGUUUUGUGGCUUUUAAAUCCUUUUUAAUACCUGUUAGCUCUUUUUAACAAGUCCAAUGAGAUCAAGGGCUUUUUUGAAUAAAAAUGAGCUUGAAACAUU